GUCCCUAACCGCUUCUCCCCAUGGUCCAUUAACGGUGAACUCCGUCUCUGGCCUGUGGCUCCUGUGCAAAAGCAGUCGAGCUGGCCGUAUGAGAGUGGACGCCGUUUGAGUUGCUGAUUGCAGGUGAGGUGCUGUGAGGUUGACAUGAAAGUGGACCGGAAUGAAAGCUUGGCCGAAUUGAACAGCGAGACGAUGCAAAGGGUGAAUCGUGAUACUGAGCCUUUUAUCAUUUCCCUUCAGAGCUGUAGCCAUCUUGCGCUCCUUGGAGCUCCUCGUAGUCCCUUGAAAACGAGCGACCAUGACCAUCUAUCCCAACCGUCCGCUUCACUCUCGGAAGCGUCUCCAGCUCCUUCUAUAAUGGGUAUUGUACUGUACAAGAUCAUGAGCUCACAUCGGAGCAUAAUCCCAUGCGGCCCGAACGAGCGUCUAAAAUAUUACAAGACAUAUAACGAAUGUUCCUGCCCAUGCGUGUGGCGUGGAGCGAGUGAACCGGGCCCAUGGGAAAAGGACCCCUUGAAGAGAAGAAGCGUGAGAGCAAGACUGCGAGGAAACGAGAUGCAGGAAACAGAAACGGCAAUCCAAAAGCAAACGUAGUGAUACACAUGGGCAUACCAAACCCUGCCCGUGAAGGGGGUACCAGCGCAUCCAAGGACUCCAAAACACCAUGCCGGCCCGUGGAUAUCGACAGAAAAAGGGCGGCGACAGGAAACCCGGCCUACAGUGGCUGGAAGAAGGAAAUCGUAUCGCCGUCGUCAGAACAUCGCACUUCUAGCAUAUCAACCAGAAAACUGUGUCGGGCGAUGCAUGCAACACGGGGGAUAUCU